CACAUCUAUUAGUCUGGGGUGACCUUCAGAUGAUGAGCUCCAGCAUUAAAUGGAAACAGCUGCAUAGAUAAUUGUAUAUGGUUUAUUACUUCACGACUUAAAAUUUAAGUUUCGGCUAACUUUAUCAGAAUUUUCAGUAUGGCUGCAUCUAUGAUGCCUGGUAAUCAUCCUCUUGCUCCACAAGUUCGAGUUCACCAGCUAAAUGAUAAAGAAAAUUUAGAAACAACAUUGUUUAGGUUAGAAAAAGGUUGGACUCUUCAUUUCACUCUUGGACCUUCAUUGUUUGGGAAAAAAGUAUCUAUUUACAUAAAUUAUCCAAAAGAUGCUGCAGAUGAAUUUCAAAGAAAUAAAUAUCAAAAACUUCCAUUAAGAUCACAAAGCAUCAAUAAAUCUGAUGACACAGCAUUGUAUGCAGAAAUCACUUUUGAAUUGACUGGUUCCUUUCAUUAUUAUUUUACAUAUGACAAUAGUGCAACAAAAGGAUCCAAUGGUUCUGGUUAUUUAUUAGUUGAUCCAGUUUUGAUGUAUGGACCUGAUAAUGCUGAAGUGUUGCCAUUAGAUUGUAUUCAGUGUCACACAUAUUUAUCGAAAUGUUUAGGAAAAUUUCCUGAAUGGGAAAAAAGACUUUUAGUUUCAAAGGAAGCUGGUUACAAUAUGAUUCAUUUCACACCAAUUCAAGAAUUAGGAGCUUCAUUAUCUUCGUAUUCCUUAGCAGAUCAGCUUAAAUUGAAUCCCAUGUUUAAUACAAAAGAUAAAUUUUAUACAUUUGAUCAUGUGAGAGAAUUAGUUCAUAAAAUGAGAGUAGAAUGGAAGAUGCUGUCUAUAACAGAUAUUGUUCUUAAUCAUACUGCAAAUGAAUCUCCUUGGCUUAAAGAGCAUCCAGAGUGUGCUUAUAACUGUCUUAAUUCUCCACAUUUACGACCAGCAUACCUAUUAGACAGAUGCUUGUGGCAUUUAACUGUAGAAAUAGAAGAGGGAAAAUGGGUUAACAGAGGUAUUCCUAAAAGUAUUACUGAAGAAUGCCAUCUAGAUGCAAUUCGGAAUGCUAUGCAUGGAUAUUAUCUACCACAAGUGAAAAUUCCAGAGUUGUUCUUAGUUGAUGUUGAUUCAUUAACUAAAGAAUUCAUUAAAAAGGUAAAAGUUAAUGAGAAAAGACCAUAUGCUAUGUGGAAUGAUGCUUCUCAGCCAGUAGAAGGAAGUGUUGGAUUGAAAUCUGCUAUCAUUGCUGGGAAGAGGGCUCUCAACACAUUACAUAAAGAAUUGGGAGCUUGUGGUUUUUCUCAAGUUUAUGUAGAUCAAGUUGAUGAAAAUAUAGUUUCUGUAACUCGCCAUUGCCCAGCAACUCAUCAGUCUGUAAUAUUGAUUGCAAGAACAUCUUUUAGUCAGCCACAUAAUCCAAAAGAAACAGGCUAUAUUCCUCCUUUAUGUGUUCCUGGUGUUGUAGAAGAAAUAAUCUUUGAAGCACGAUUAAUAGAGAAAUCAAAUAAACGACAAUUUGAACAAGAUCCAAAAUUUAUAAAUGGUUUAGUAGACUAUCAGCUUGAUAUUAGAGAACAUAUCCAGCUUUAUGAAAGUGAAAUGGUUGAAUUAAGUGACAGUGGAGAAAAAAUGGUCAAGGAAGUUGAUUUUACUAGUUUUCCUCCAGGAUCUGUUGUUGCUUUCAGAGUAUCUUUAAAUGCAGUGGCUCGAGCAGCUAUAUUGAAAAUAAGAACAUCAGUUGCACAAUUUGGAUACCGGAUGAGGUCAUACAGUGGUACUCAUAUUAGACCUCAAGGAGAUGAUUUUGAAUCUGUAGUAUCCAGAUUAUCUCUAGCUGAUUUAAAUAGAGUAUUAUUUAGAUGUGAUCCUGAAGAAAGAGAUGAUGGGAAAGGUGGAGGAACAUACCAUAUUCCUAAUUAUGGGAAUCUUAUUUACUGCGGUUUGCAAGUUCAACAAACAUCUUACAUUUUAAAUAAUAAUAAUUUAGGUAUUAUGAGUGAAUUAUCUACUAUACAUCUUCAUAAUGAUCUUGGACAUCCUUUCUGUGAUAACUUAAGACAAGGUGAUUGGUUACCAUCUUAUGUGGCUAAUCGAUUAAUGCAACAUCCUUCAACAAAAGAACUCGGAAAGUGGUUUGAAAAAGUGUUUCAUUUUCUUAGUCAAAUACCACGUUAUUUAAUUCCAUCAUACUUUGAUACAAUAGUAACUGGAGCAUAUAAUGUCCUUCUUUCUGUCAUCUGGAGAAAUAUGUCUGAAUUUAUAGCUGAAGGAUCAACUUUUGUAAAAGCUUUAGCAUUAGCUUCAGUAAUUUUGGGAGGUUGUGUUAAAAGUUCACCUUUACCCCAAUUAUCUCCUUCUCUCUCACCACCACAACCACCAUCAACUGUUGAUGAAGAGACUGGAAAUACAGAAAAUGAAGAAGAAAGAAUAAAAAUUUGUGCUGAUGAAUUCAGAAAAGCAUUAGAAGAGUUAAAUAAUGAAAAGAGACAUCUAAUACAAAUUCAUCUAUCAUCUGGUGUUGAGAAUGUUUUGUCAGGUGUGAGAUAUCAAAGGCUUGAUCCAAAUGGUCCAAAAUUGACAAAAGUUACUAAAGCUAAUCCUUUAGUUCCAAAAUAUUUUACUCACUUUUUCUCUGAUUUAACUCUUGAUAAAGAAGAGGAACUUAUGUAUAGUGAGGAUUCCUGUUAUUUAAUGGCUCAUAAUGGUUGGGUUAUGGGUGAUGAUCCCCUUAGAAAUUUUGCAGAGAAAGAAAGUAACGUAUAUUUACGGAGAGAAUUAAUUGCUUGGGGCGAUAGUUGUAAAUUGAGGUAUGGAGAAAAGCCAGAAGAUUGUCCAUAUCUAUGGAAACAUAUGACAGAAUAUGUAACACAAACUGCCAAAAUGUUUCAUGGAAUAAGAUUAGAUAACUGCCAUAGUACACCAUUACAUGUUGCUGAGUAUUUGAUGGAUGUUGCAAGGCGUGUUCGACCAAAUUUAUAUGUUAUUGCUGAAUUAUUUACCUCCAGUGAGUCCAUUGACAAUAUCUUUGUUAAUCGACUAGGUAUAUCUUCUUUAAUUAGAGAGGCAAUGAGUGCAUUUGAUUCACAUGAACUUGGACGUUUAGUUUAUCGCUAUGGUGGUCAACCAGUAGGAGCUUUUAUUCAACCUCCAGUUCGUCCCUUAUGCCCUAGUAUUGCUCAUGCUAUUUUCUUAGACUUAACUCAUGACAAUCCUUGUCCUAUUCAAAAACGAUCUGUCUAUGACCAGUUCCCAAGUACAGCAUUGGUAUCAAUGGCAUGUUGCGCUACUGGGAGUAAUCGUGGUUAUGAUGAAUUAGUACCAUAUCAUGUAAUUUUCCAUACUUUUAUAGAAAUGAAUACAGUAGAACCUCGAUUAUCCGGACUAAUUGGGGAUGAAGGUAGUCCGGAUAAGGAAAUUUUUAGAGUAUCUUUAAAUGCAGUGGCUCGAGCAGCUAUAUUGAAAAUAAGAACAUCAGUUGCACAAUUUGGAUACCGGAUGAGGUCAUACAGUGGUACUCAUAUUAGACCUCAAGGAGAUGAUUUUGAAUCUGUAGUAUCCAGAUUAUCUCUAGCUGAUUUAAAUAGAGUAUUAUUUAGAUGUGAUCCUGAAGAAAGAGAUGAUGGGAAAGGUGGAGGAACAUACCAUAUUCCUAAUUAUGGGAAUCUUAUUUACUGCGGUUUGCAAGGUAUUAUGAGUGAAUUAUCUACUAUACAUCUUCAUAAUGAUCUUGGACAUCCUUUCUGUGAUAACUUAAGACAAGGUGAUUGGUUACCAUCUUAUGUGGCUAAUCGAUUAAUGCAACAUCCUUCAACAAAAGAACUCGGAAAGUGGUUUGAAAAAGUGUUUCAUUUUCUUAGUCAAAUACCACGUUAUUUAAUUCCAUCAUACUUUGAUACAAUAGUAACUGGAGCAUAUAAUGUCCUUCUUUCUGUCAUCUGGAGAAAUAUGUCUGAAUUUAUAGCUGAAGGAUCAACUUUUGUAAAAGCUUUAGCAUUAGCUUCAGUAAUUUUGGGAGGUUGUGUUAAAAGUUCACCUUUACCCCAAUUAUCUCCUUCUCUCUCACCACCACAACCACCAUCAACUGUUGAUGAAGAGACUGGGCUCAAACAACAAAGUUGUGUUACGCUUGCUGCAGGACUACCUCAUUUUUCAACUGGUUAUGCAAGAAACUGGGGGCGUGAUACUUUCAUUGCACUUAGGGGUCUCUUUUUAAUUCCUGGAAGAUUUCAAGAAGCAAGAUAUAUUAUUUUAGCUUAUGCUGGAUGUCUUCGUCAUGGUCUCAUUCCAAAUUUGCUUGAUAGAGGAGUAAAUGCAAGAUUUAAUUGUAGAGAUGCUGUUUGGUGGUGGCUACAAUGUAUUCAGGAAUAUUGCAAUAUAGCACCUGAUGGCUAUAACAUAAUCAAAGACAAAGUUUGGAGAUUAUUUCCAACAGAUGACGCUGUACCAAAAGAAGCAGGUUAUGAAGAACAGGAGUUACAUAUUGUCAUGCAAGAAGCUCUCCAAAGGCAUUUUGAGGGAGUAAUAUUUCGUGAACGAAAUGCAGGUUAUCAAUUAGAUAUGCAAAUGAAACAUGAAGGUUUUGACAAUAAUAUUGGUGUAAAUCUUGAAACUGGUUUUGUUUAUGGAGGAAAUGAACACAACUGUGGUACAUGGAUGGAUAAAAUGGGCAGUUCUGAAAAAGCUGGAAAUAAAGGAAAACCUGCUACUCCAAGAAAUGGCUCAGCGGUUGAGUUAAUUGGUCUGUGUAAAUCAGCACUCUCAUGGUUACAUGAAAUGCAUAAGAAAGGUCUUUAUCCUUAUAAUAAAGUUUCAAAGAAUGGAAAUGGAAAAAUUAUUGAAAUGACAUUUCAACAAUGGGGAGAUUUAAUACAAAAAAAUUUUGAAAAAUACUUUUGGAUUCAAACUGAACCUAGUCCCGAUGAAGCACAUCCUGAACUGAUAAACCGAAGAGGAGUAUACAAAGAUUCACAUUUUGCAGAUCCUUACUGGAGUGAUUAUCAAUUGAGACCAAAUUUCUGUAUUACUAUGGUGGUGGCACCAGAAUUAUUUACACCUAAAAAUGCCUGGUGUGCAUUAGAAAAAGCACAAAAAUUGAUACUUGGACCACUUGGAAUGAAAACAUUAGAUCCUUGUGAUUGGAGCUAUUGUGGUUAUUAUAACAAUAGUGAUGAUUCAUUUGAUCCUAAAGUUGCAAGAGGAUUUAAUUAUCAUCAAGGACCUGAAUGGUUGUGGCCUAUAGGAUACUUUCUUAGAGCCAAACUACAUUUUGCAAAAAAGAUUGGAGGUGAAGAAGAACUGGAACGCACAGUUGCCUUUACAAAAGAAUUACUCUCUAAGCAUUAUCAAGAAGUAAUUACAUCGAAGUGGAAAGGCCUACCCGAACUAACCAAUGCAAAUGGGGCAUUCUGUCCUGACAGUUGCCCCAUUCAAGCAUGGAGUCACGCAUCACUUCUCGAGGUUCUUUACGAACUAGAUAAACUAGGCAGUUCAGCAACGAAUGAUGAUUAAAUUUCUUUUAUAAUAAAUGUAUUUUCAUCUUCUGUAUUGUCUUCAUAUGAACAAAUGUGGGAUUCUUGUUAGAUUUGAUGUGAAAUUAUAUACAAGGAAUUAUUUAAAAAAAAAAGUGAAAAGUUUUAGAAAAA